AUGUGGCGGUCGGGAGCCCGCGCCCUCCGCUCGUCCCUCCCCAGCUCUUCGCCGCCGCCGCUCCGAGCCUUGGCCCAGGCCCCGCCCCCAGGCCUCCUCCCCCGCUUCCUCUCCUCCACCGCCUCGCCGCCGGUCCUGGACGCCGCGCCGUCCUCCUCCUCCUCGCCGCCGCCGGCCUUCACCGGGAACCUCAAGAAAGCACUUGCAGGUUUGAGAAGAAUCGAUUUAGAUGGGCUGCGAUGGCGUGUGUUUGAUGCAAAGGGCCAGGUGCUUGGACGGUUGGCAUCCCAAAUAGCCACUGUGCUUCAGGGAAAGGACAAGCCAACCUACGCACCUCAUGUGGAAAAUGGAGACAUGUGCAUUGUAGUCAAUGCAAAAGAUAUCAGUGUUACAGGAAGGAAGAUGACUGAUAAAAUUUAUUACUGGCAUACAGGGUACAUUGGGCAUCUGAAGGAAAGAAGACUCAAGGACCAGAUGGCAAAAGACCCAACUGAAGUGAUCCGCAAAGCUGUCAUGCGCAUGCUUCCCCGCAAUCGGUUGCGUGAUUUUAGGGAUCGCAAGCUGAGGAUAUUCGCUGAAGGCGAGCACCCGUUCCACGACAGGCCUAUCGAGUCUUUCGUGAUGCCGCCACGCAAAGUACGGGAGAUGCGUCCCCGGGCACGACGUGCAUUGGUGCGGGCGCAGAAGAAAGAGCAGGACAGAGACGCAAAGGCGCAAGGCAAAGCUGAGGCAGGAGCCAAGGCCAAGGUCGCCGCAUAGGCACCUUCUGGUGUUUGUGCGUGUGUGGACUUGGGAGACGGAUGAUUUGUGUGCCUGCGAAACCUCCUGAUGCAUUUCUGAACAAUCUCUGUACCUUUCGUGCUGCUGUUGAUGUAAUCUUUGCUGCUGCACCUGAUGGUGUUUUAUGAUGUCGACUGAUUCCUGCGGCCACCCUGAUGGCGGGCGCAAUCACAAGCUCUAGCACAAAUGAGAAGAUAGAUAUAUACAUAUCGGUGAUAUAAUGUAUGCAAUUGUGCCCAUCA